AUGUCGUACUCAGAUAUGAUGGACGUUGAGGAACGACGAGACCUGCCGCCGGGAAAACUGGUGCUUGUUUUCGACACAAACUUUUUGCUGGACCAGCUGUCCAUCGCCGACGGCCUGCGCGGACUGCCCGUGGCCCAUCAGCUGGUUAUCCCGCAGCAGGUGGUUCGAGAGCUGGACGGACUCAAGUCGUCGGACUCGCACGUCGCUACUGCCGCCAGAAAGGCCAUCGAUUGGCUAUAUGCAUUUCUACACAAUAAUGACGAGAUUGUUAGAGUCCAACGGCUCCACGAAAGAACAGACCGUCAAGCUACCGGAGACGAUGCCAUCCUCGAUGCGUGUUUGUUUUUUGGAACAGAGGCGAUGGUGGUUCUAUUUUCCAACGAUAAAAACCUGUGUGUCAAGGCGCUGGCCCACGGCGUGUUGACCGUGUCGUGGCGGCCAGACAUGGACGUCCAGAUGGUCAGACAGCGACUCGUACAAGAGUUUGCGCGGGUCAACGGCGACGUGAUGGAUUUGGAGCCAAAGGAAACGGUCCACACGUCGUCCACGGACACUGUGUACUCGCAGGUGCACGCUCUGGUGCUGGAGGCAAUAGAGUACGUCCUCAAACACGAGUUUGGCGACGACUUUGACAUGAUAGGGUACGACGUGAACAAGUCGCGGUCGUUGCGCGACUGCUGCUACACGCUGAAACAGUACACCAUCUCAACGUUUGGCAGCUACUUCAGGUCGGGCUCCAUCAACCCAUUGAAGCUGCUCAAGGAAAAACAGAAAAUCGACGAGUACUCGUCCAAACCGACGACUCCAGAACAGCUCCGCGAAUUUGUCGAGUUCUGGACAAUCGUGCUGGACGGACUGUACCGAAACCGCGACAACGAGCAGCGCUCUGCAUUAAAUACGGUCACACAAGCAUGGCGUAAUGUCCUUUAA